AUGUGGGAGGCUCGGUUCUCGGUCUGGCUGCUUCUGCAACUGCUGUGGGCAGCUGCAGUGGAGGCUCCAGACCCUGGGGCAGAGGUCCCAGAGGUGUGGGCCCAGGAGGGGGCUCCUGCCCAGCUCCCCUGCAGCCCCACAAUCCCCCUCCAGGAUCUCAGCCUUCUGCGAACAAGACAAGUCACUUGGCAGCAUCUACCAGACAGUGAGCCCGCGGCGCUCUCCCCCCAGGGCCCGGGGCCCCGCCGCUACACGGUGCUUAGGCUGGCUCCCGGAGGCCUGCGCGUCGGGAGGCCGCCCCUGCAGCCCCGCGUGCAGCUGGAUGAGCGCGGCCUCCAGCGCGGGGACUUCUCGCUGUGGCUGCGCCCGGCCCGACGCGCCGACGCCGGCGAGUACCAUGCCGCUGUGCGCCUCGGAGACCGCGCUCUCGCCUGCCGCCUCCGUCUGCGCGUGGGCCAGGCGGCGGUGACUGCCAGCCCCCUCGGGUCUCUGUGGACCUCCAGUUCCGUCAUUCUGAACUGUUCCUUCAGCCGCCCUGAUCUCCCAGCCUCUGUGCACUGGUUCCGGGACCCAGGCAGAGUCCCCGUUCAGGAGUCCCCCCAUCACCUCUUAGCGGGAAACUUCCUCUUCCUGCCCCAUGUCAGCCCCUUGGACUCUGGGACCUGGGGCUGCACCCUCACCUACAGAGAUGGCUUCAAUGUCUCCACCACGUACAGCCUCACUGUUCUGGGCCUGGAGCCCCCAGUCCCUCUGACAGUAACAUACGCUGGAGCGGGUUCCAGGGUGGAGCUGCCCUGCCACCUGCCUCCGGGUGUGGACACCCAGUCUUCCCUCACUGCCACGUGGGCCCCUCCUGGGGGAGGCCCCGACCUCCUGGUGGCUGGAGACCAUGGCAACUUUACCCUUCUACUAGAGGCUGUGGGCCAGGCCCAGGCUGGGACCUACACCUGCGGCGCCCACCUGCAGGGGCAGCAGCUCAGUGCCACUGUCACUUUGGCAGUCAUCACAGUGACUCCCAAAUCCCAUGGAUUACCUGGCAACCUGAGAAAACUGCUUUGUGAGGUGACUCCGGCAUCUGGACAAGAACACUUUGUGUGGAGCCCCCUGGACGAGCGGUCUCGCAGGACCUCCGCAGGCCCCUGGCUGCUGAUGCCGGAGGCCAGGCUCCUGUCUCAGCCCUGGCAGUGCCGUCUGUACCAGGGGCAGAGGCUUCUCGGGACCGCGGUGUAUCUCACCGAGCUGUCCCGCCCAGGUGCCCAGUAUUCCGGGAGAGCCCUGGGGGCCCGGAAGACAGGCCACCUCCUGCUCCUCAUCCUUGGGAUCCUCUUCCUCCUCGUGUUGGUGACUGGAGCCUUUAGCUUUCACCUUUGGAGAAGAUGGUGGCGACCAAGAAGAUUCUCUGCCUUAGAGCAUGGGACUCACCCACCUCAGCCUCAGAGCAAGAUAGAGGAUCCGGAGCCGCAGCCGCAGCUGAAGCAGCCCUGA